AUGGCUACGCAGACGCGAUCUUCAAAACCAACCGCACUUUUCUCGCGAUUACUCCUGAAAUCGCGCCGUGAUCGCAGUGAUCUCUUGUGUCGGGCCACAGCGAGUAUUGUCGUAUUUGAUUGCGAUCCUGACAAUGAAACGAAUCUGUUAUCAAUGAGUUUGAAAAGUAUUUUAAAAAUGAAAUUAUUUUCAACAUUUGAAGUUUAUAUUAGUUCCCCACUACUGUAUUACACUGUCAGUCUAGACCUUCUUUCAAAACAACCAACAUCAACAUCAGCUCUGAAAUAUUUAUCAAUAAAUGUCGCCGAUAGCCGUUUUCGAUUAGAGCAAUUAUUUUUACUUUGCCGUCAUUUUCCAAAUUUAAGACAUUUAAAUUUAACAGUUAAAUUAUAUUUAAAACUUGAUUGUUAUAAAACUUGCUUUCAUAAUUUUGAAAUAUUAUUAAACAAUAUGCCAAAACUUUAUUGGCUAGAAAUUGAAAGACAAUAUGUUAAUAAUGGAAUAAAUCCUCAAAUAUGUCGUACACAAAAGAAUUCUUCUAACUGCACACCUUACGAAGAAGCGAAUACAAAUGAAAUUAAACAACUUUUCGUACAGCGUCCAACACCACCACAACAAUCGUCUACAGAGGUCGAACACAGUCGUUUCGUAGGUGAGAUUGACAUUGAAUGGCAUGACGUCUAUCCAAAUGCCUAUCGUAUUGCACAGGAUAAUCAUGGUUUUAUGAAAAAAUGGACAACAAAAAUUGCAUUGAAAAAGCUUUUGGAAGAAAUUGAUAGGGGUUACCUUGAUAACAUGAAAACUGAUUUGCACGAACGGACAGGGACAGAUCAAGACUACAAGUUUUUAAAACUUUUGAUUCACAAAGCAAUUGAUGAGAAGACUCCUCGAUCGCUCGUCAAUAUUUAUACGGCAGAGACCAGUUUCUAUUCGAUAUUGAACAGAAAUCUAGCUAAACUCGGUUCUGACUUUCGUUUUGAAGGUAUCGAUUCGCAUCUCGGUACGGGCUAUCGAGAUGAUAUACCACCGAAGAAUCAAGGACAGUAUCUGUUUGCUGCAAUCCUUAUUAAUCAUGAGAUGUUUCAACCGUACUACACCACUGGUAAAACCUAUCGUGGUAUGAAUAUCAGCGAAAGUAAUCUAUCAAAAUACGCCGUUGGAUCAUCGAUAAUGACACGUUCCUUCCUCUCUACAUCGAAAGUAGAAACUGCAGCAGAAAACUUUCUGUUAGGAAAACGACAAAAUCCGUCAGGCAGCUUCGUACGUUUACCUGUUCUAUGCACUUAUCUCACAAAGAAUCCUCGAACAGCUCUCGAUAUUGAUGUAUUAUCAGAAUAUCCAGGAGAAAAAGAGGUUCUUAUUGUGCCAUUUACAGCAUUUAAAGUAACACAAAUAGACAAAAAUGUUGACGGUUUAAGUCGAAUUGAUCUGGAAGAGUGUGAACCUUGA